UACCUACGCUACGCCUAUUGUCAACCAGCCAUCAGGUCAUAUGUGUGUCUGGAAUGAAUUUUAGUUUACGCUAAGUUCUUCCAUGGUUUUACAGAAUUUCGCUACUUGCGAAUUUCGCGGGACGUCUGUUUAUUUUAUAGAAAAAAGUUUUAAAAGUUACAGUGACUGUUUUCCAUCCUUUUUUAUCAAUAAUCACGAGACGAAAAAAAUUAACACAUUGGAAAAAAGAAAGAGGUGAACGACGUGUUGUCUGUGCAAUAGAGGCAGGCGUGUCAAACGUGUUUCAGGCAAACACCGACUACAAAAAAAAAUUGGCUUCAUGUGGUUUUCUGUUCACUUUGAAAAUGUUUUAAUUAAAUUUUUUAUUUCUUCUAAACGCGUAUCAUAAUUCAUUAAAAGUGUGAAGAAAGAAGACAUCGUCAAAAAUAUUAUUUACGAGGAAACGUAAAGUUAUUUUGGUUUGACAGCAAUAAACUGCAGGCAGGAUGCUUAAAUUUAUCAGAGGGAAGGGUCAGCAACCCACAGCAGAACGUCAGAAGCUGCAAAAGGAUCUCUUUGGAUUUCGUAAGACUGUAGAACAUGGCUUUCCGAACAAACCAACAGCUUUUGCUUGGGAUUCAAGUCUACGACUUAUGAUCAUAGGAACAGCAUCUGGAGCUAUAAAAGUUUUUGGAAGACCAGGUGUAGAAUUUUAUGGACAUCAUAAAAACGAGAGUGGAGAAAAAAAUGCAGUUACUAAAAUUAUUGCCGUUCCAAAUGAGGGGCGUUUGGUUUCACUUUGUGAUGAGAAUUCUCUUCAUUUAUGGGAAAUCAAUAACAAUUCUGUUGUGGAAACAACAAGCUUAUGCUUGGAAGGUAAACUAAAAAAAAUAUCAGCCAUUUGCCUGGAAUCUUCAAACGAACAUCUCCUUUUGGGAACGGAAGGUGGAAAUAUCUAUUUAUUAAAAUUGAAAACUUUCACAAUAUCAGAAACAAUGAUUUACCAAGACGUUGUAAUGCAGAAUGUUCCAGCAGAUUACAAAAUUAAUCCUGGGGCAGUAGAAGCUAUUGCGGAACAACCUGGCCACCCUGACAAUAUUUUAAUAGGAUAUAAUCGUGGUUUAAUGGUUCUUUGGAAUAAAGCAACUCCAGGUGCCCAACAGCUGAUGGGUUUAUUUUCGCGUGCACAGACCUUCAUCUCAAAGAAUCAACUGGAGUGGGUUUAUUGGAUCACAGAGAACAGAUUUAUUUCAUCUCACAAUGAUGGCUCUUAUUCCUUCUGGAGUCCAGGAAGUGAGGAGAUUAUGGAGCCCAAAACUCAUUAUGGCCCUCUACCUUGUAAAUCGAUUUCGAAAAUAGUCGUUUAUUCCACUGCAGAUGACGGAGAGAUGCUUAUAUUUUCUGGUGGAAUGCCACGAGCGAGCUAUGGUGACAGACACACGAUAACUGUAAUGACGAACAGCAAGCAAGUGGCUUUUGACUUUACUUCUAAAGUCAUUGAUUUCUUUGCUGUCUUGCCAAAGCAAUCUGAAGAAGAGAAGGAAAAUAAUACAGCGUUGGGAUGCCCUGAAGCUCUCGUUGUUCUUGCUGAAGAAGAAUUAAUUGCAAUUGAUUUAACACACCCUGAAUGGAAAAUGAUGUCUUUACCAUAUUUGGUAUCACUUCACGCUAGUGCAGUCACCUGCUCGCAGCAUGUUCCAAAUGUUCAACAAGAUUUAUGGAAUGCAAUUUUAUCUGCUGGAAAAUUACAGACAGAACAUCUUUAUUCAGACAAAGAAUGGCCGAUUGAUGGAGGAGUUGUAUUAUCGAAAAAAAUUGAUGAGACUGAGCAAACAAUGAGAGAAUUAUUACUGACAGGUCAUGAAGAUGGGACCGUACGCUUUUGGGACGCUUCGAAUGUUGCCUUGACUCCUCUAUAUAAAUACAAUUCAUCACUUUUGUUCACCGGGGAACAUUUAGAUGUAUUAGAACAAGCUCCAGAAGAUGAUGAAGAUGAGUGGCCACGUUUUAGAAAGGUGGGCACUUUUGAUCCUUACUCUGAUGAUCCACGACUGGCCGUGAAGAAAAUUCUUCUGUGUCCACUUUCAUUGACUUUAGUCAUUGCUGGAACAGCAGGUCAUGUAAUUACUGCUCGUAUAUCACCGGAAGCAAUUAAUAAAGAAAUUAAAGCAAUCACCAUGAACUUGGUGAAUGAUAGAGAUGGUUUUGCCUGGAAAGGUCACGAUCACUUACCACCAAGAACAACUAGUAUUUCUUUUGCUGUUGGAUUCCAACCGCAAACUCUGCUGCAGUUGUAUCCUCCAGCUGCAAUAACAGCAUUGGCUCUGCAAAGCGAAUGGGGACUUAUUGCGGCUGGAACCGCUCACGGAUUAGCUCUGUUUGACUACGUAAGAGCAAAAGCUGUGAAUGUCAAAUGCACACUAAAUCCUAAUGAUCUAUCUGGUGCUGGAGAUACUCCGAUUUCUAGAAGAAAAUCAUUUAAGAAGUCAUUGAGAGAAUCGUUCAGAAGAUUGAGAAAAGGUAGAUCACAACGUCGUGGAAAUGCCAGUAGUCCGACUCGAAAUACUGUUCAAGAAAAAAAGAAAGAAACGCCUACCAUUACAUCUUCCCCAAGUGCAGAACUCUCGCCAGGAGAAGUGAUAAAAUCAGUUGAGAGACAAGUUGAAGCGAGACCUGUCGAUGAUGCUCUUGGUUCAAUGGUUCGGUGUCUCUAUUUUGCUAGAAGUUAUAUUAUAAGUAUGCAAAAUACGACGCCUACACUCUGGGCCGGUACGAAUAACGGGACAGUGUAUGUUUUCACUUUAGCAAUUCCUGCUGGAGCAAGACGUAAGGAAGAAGAUGUCAAUUGUACCUUGGGUAAAGAAAUUCAACUAAAGCAUCGAGCUCCUGUAAUUGCAAUUACAAUUCUCGAUGGGUCCAGUAUUCCUCUGCCAGAAGCUUUUGAAGUUGAAAAGGGAGUUAGUUCGGGACCAGACAUGAAUUCUCCACACAGAGUUGUCAUUGCCAGCGAGGAGCAAUUUAAGAUCUUUAAUCUUCCAUCUUUAAAACCUUUUUGCAAAUAUAAAUUGACAGCACACGAGGGUUCACGAGUUAGAAAAACAGGAUUUGCUAAAUUUUCUUGUUCAAUAGAACCUUCAGGUCUCCAUGAAGAAACGUGCCUUCUUUGUCUUACAAAUUUAGGAGAAUGUCUAGUGCUCAGUGUUCCAGAAUUAAGAAGACAAGUCAAUACGGCAGCUAUUAAAAGAGAAGAUAUCAAUGGAAUUUCCUCUUUGUCAUUUACAAGAUCUGCUGAGGCUUUAUAUUUACAUUCAAGUUCCGAGCUUCAGCGAAUUUCUUUGACACCUUCAAAAGGAGUUAGAGCGUAUUGUGCGUUGAGCCUACCACCGAAUGCCAGAUCGCUGUCGACGGAAACGAAGGAAGAGAGCAUAGAGCAAGAGAGUACAGAAGAUGGUACAGAAGAUGAAGCUAAAGAUGAUCAGUCGGACUCUGUUACGAAAAAUAUUGCAGAGAAUGGAAUAAUUGGGUCAACUUGUGGUGAAGAUUCUCCUAAGGAGCCUUCUCUAAAGCCAGCUGCUAGUACUACAGAUGUUAAUGGAGAUGAUGAUCGUCAAGAUCAAAAUUCUGUCGGAGAUAUUACUAUUGACAGUGUCAAAGAUCAUUUGCUUAAUAGUUCGCUUUUUAAAAAUGCGACUUCAUCAGAGGACCUUCACAAUCGAUUAGCAGGACUUAAAAUGGACAUAACUUCAAGAACGUCAGAAACAGCGACUCAAAAUCAAACAAUUGUUGUGAAAACCACAACUGUCAUAUCACAAUCGACUACUAACGGAACAACUAACGGAGAAGUUGAAACCAUUCAAGCGAGUGAAGGGUCACAUGUCAACAGUACUACAGUAGAAAGAGAAAUUAGUAGUGGAAUAGAAACAACAACGACGCACGCCACAAUCACUCUACCUCCUGAUGUUGAGCUUAGUGCUGCAGAACUUGCCAAGUUAGAAGUGACCACAACCACAGUUACAACUGAAAAAUCAAAGGCCCCUCUUGCAAGACCAGAAGAAGUUAAUUCUUAGUUAUUUCAUAAAAGCAAAGUUAAAUAACUGUUCAAUAUUUUUAUCAAUCGAUGAAAUGAAGUUAAGUGCCUUUACUUAACAAAAGUGUACAGUGACGUUGUUGUUCUUUUAGAUCAUUUUUAAAAAUAUUCCUAUGGACAAUUUUAGCAACUCCGUACAGAAUUUUAAGAUAUGAAAAAGUUUAAAUUCAAUAACUUUGGCAACGAGUUAUGAAAAUUAAAUUUGGAGAUUAAACUUUGAAAUAACUUUUCUAAUAAUUAAGUAUCUUAUAACCUGAAAGUAUAGUUAUAAUAUUAAAAGUAGAAUCUUCCUAUUAUAUUUUUAAUAUUCACUGUUGUUGUUCACUGUACACACAGUUUUUAUAGUAAACAAGCAAGCGAAUUAACAAUUUUUUAUAUUCACCAGUGUAUUCAAAAUAAUAAUCGCAUUUGAUUAAGUAGGAUACAAAUUUUGAAAAAGUAAUUUUCAAAAUUUUACCGUGAUGACUGCAAAAACCAGGAUUUUACCAAGAUAAGAUUUUAUUUUAAGUACAUAGAAAGUAUUUUAAAAUUACAAAUUAAAACAUUUUUUGAGAAAUCGGUGAUUUUGAAAUUUGUAUUAAAAAAUCACGACUUUGUGCAAUAACAUUGCUUGUAUUAUUCCGGUUAUAAUUGUUCAUAUAUAGCUGUUUCUUGAUCCUGGUAGUAUUUAAUUUUAAGAAAUAUUUUAUUGCCUUUUUGUUGACUUUUGGCAAACAAGAUACACGUAUUAUUGGAAACAAAUUUUAUUUGUUUAAUUUACUGACAAUGAUUGUAAUUUAGGUAUGAAAAUGCAUUAUUUUUAAACGCAGAUGAAAAAUAAUCGUACUUAUAAAAAGAAAUAUCAAAGUUUUACAAAGCUUUUUUAAAUCAUUUUAUAUAGAUAUAUAUAACAUUAUAUGAUAAUGUUGAACCAGAAAGAGAGACUAACUGUAAAAAUUUUACUCUUAGAUGUACAGAGGUAAAUUACACUAAAAAAUGUUAACAGCCAUACCAGUCUAAAAUUAGAUAUGAGAAAUGAGAAUUGCUUUAUCCAAUUCUGGACUUAUUCCACUACAGUAUUCAGGUUGCCUUACCUUUUUCUCUAAAUAAAAUACAGAGAAACUUUAUAUAUUUUGGAUUACAAAAAACAUAUUUUUUAUAUGCAGUUUCUUUUGUUCGUUUUACAUUAUAGUCAAUUACUCAAUGCUAAUUAUAAUCGUCAUAAUGUAUUAUAAAACGUUUUGAAACGAUCAUUGAAAUUCACAAGUUUAAAAAAAUAUUUAUUAAAUUUAACAAUUGAAAAAUGGAUUAAAACAAAAGAAAGUCUAUUAGUAUUUGUUGAAGCUUUUCUUUUAUAGAUCGAAUUAAGUAUGUGUAUACUUUCUCAUUAUUUCAAUUCGAAACAGAAAUAUAACAUAUAUUCUUGAAAUGUAAGAAAAGUUAAUUGACUGUUUCAAUUCGUUGAAAAAUUAAUUUGGUGCGUAAACAUGUUUUUAAUCUUAUGUAUGGUCGUUUAGAUAAUUUAUUUGUUAAGUUGGUGGAGGAAAUUUUUGUAUGUACUAUCUAUUUUUUUUAAUUUCUGUAAGCUAGUAGUUUUUCAUUUAUAAAUUAAUAAUAUCAACCUGAGAAACUUUUGCACUUUUGAUCUCAAGAUUAUUGUCAUUCAAGAAACUUUCUAUUCAUUCCAAUUGACAGGAUAAUUUUAAAAAAAUAUUUAUUUUAUAAUCAUAUUAGAAAUUGUUCUCGUUUGUAUUUAGACUAUCAAUUUUACAAUUAAAUACAAAUGAAUUUUGUGUAAAAUAAAUUAAUAAUUUUUCUCUUUUAUCUUUUUAAGCCGAAAAUAAAUAUUUGAUUAUUAUAAAUUUCAUCAAUUAUAUUUAAGCUCUUUUACAACGAAAAGUGAAAUAUUUUAUAUAAAAUAUUGCAUUGUGCCUUUUUUUAUUGUGGUUAUAACUUGUUAUAAACUAAACCGCCAACAAUUAAAAAGAGCUUACGCGAAAAACACCGUCGUUUUCGUCAGCUCCUGGAUGCUAUUAUUCUUUAUUAAAAAUUUCAAUUUUAAAAGAAAUUAAAAAUUUAUAAUAUGAUGAUAAAAAAUUUAAAUUGUUGUUUUUCGCGUAAGCCCCUUUGUUUGCCCGCGGUUCAAUUUUAUAUUAUAUAAUAUAAACAUUUAUUCUUCAUAUCAUCUAUACAAUUUCUAAGCGUAUUUUAUCUAAUUUAAAUAAAAUAUGAAAAAUCUACUUUCUACGCUUAUGUGUACAUGUAUUAAAGAAACAAUUUGACUACAAAAACAAAAAAACGGAACAAAAUUGAGAACAAGUGUUAAAAAUGUAAAAAAAUCACAUUUACAAUAAAAUUUUAUAUACAUUUA